GGGGGCGCCAGUGUCACAUUUACUAAGGAAAUAAAGGUGGUUUCAAUCAUGGCUUCCACAGGAUAUGGACGAGUUAGUAGGGGUACAGCCCUUCGCGACGACGAAGAUGGACUCGUCGAUGAGUGGGGGAUAAGGUACGAGGGUCACCACAAGCCCGGCGGUGGUACUUUUACCAGAAAGAAGCACACCCGCAGGAAGUACCUGAUCGCCGCGGUUGCAGGUGGCAUAGUUCUGCUGGUCGUUCUCGUCAUUAUCGCCGUAGCUGUUCAGAAGAAACACAAGGAAACAAUGAUUCAAGCCAUGUGUGGCCACCCUCGCCCUCGCCCUACCAAUCUUCAGAAAUGGCAGAACAAGUCCGUGGAAGGUCUCCAGGUUUUCCCUGCUCCCGAGGACAAGACUGCUCUCAUCUCUUUCUGUGUGAAUGAAGGACACAAUACUGGCGGGUAUGGAGUGUAUCUCAACAACUUGGAAAGCCACUUGUAUGAUUACCAAAUGAUGAACCAGCAAGGGGACGACCAUGUCAAGUGCAAUGACUCUUAUGCUCCACCAGACAAAGUGUGUGUGUUUGACAUAAGUGCUUUGGGGAACUGUGACCAUUUUCACCACUACGGCUACUCCUCUGGAACCCCAUGUGUGAUGUUGCAGCUCAACCUGCCAAGAAAUGUCACUGCUAAAGCUUUUGCAAAUAAUACUGCUGAAAGUAAGAAGCUUGGAUAUCGCUACUCCCAUGACUACAUCGGCGUCACCUGUGAUGGGGCUACUGAUAAAGACCGGAAGAAAAUUGGCAAAGACACUGUCUUCCCUUCACCAAUCCAAUACUUUCCUAGAAAUGGUUUCCCAGUUUCUUGGUACCGUCCCCGAACCACGAACAAGUUCCUGGCUCCCAUUGUCAUGGUCAAAUUCAACACAUUGUUUGAUGAUGUCUUCGUCAACAUCACAUGUACCGCAUGGGGCAAGAGCUUCAACAAUGGCAAGCCGGAGACAAGCGACCUCUACACCACAACCUUUGUCAUCUAUCAUGACUGACGAGAAGAGGAUAUACACCUAAAUUACUUCCCUUGCCAUUCCAUCCUGCUUUGUCACUACAGUCUGCAACUGUGUGAUGCUGUUGUUGUUGUAUACAGGUCUACAUACCAGGUAGUGGUUCAGUGGAACAGGACACCACUCAGGGUCACUUAGUCAUAGGAGUCUCAUUGUCAGUUAGUGUUCCAGGAUGUAAUCUGACUUCUAAACAUUCCAGUUUGAUUGACUUAAUAGCAAUAGACGAUGUCAACCUUGUUCUCACUUCCCUGUGGUUUCUAUGAUAUUCAGAGGGUGUAAUGGUUCCUCCAUACACAUUGUGUCCAGAUACUGGAGGGCAGUGCAAUACAGUGACAGACAUGAUGUGGCCCAAUGCUGAUAUUGAUAGCAUUGUGUUGGUAAUGAUAUGGUAUGAUCCGAUUCCAGGCUUGCCAAACUGAACCAAGCAUGAUGAAGUUAUACACAAAUAACAUGCUUGUUCACCACCACAAAUUUUCUGUUGUAAGCCGUUAGUGUGGGAUUUGCCUAGCAUGGAUCUGUUGUCGAGCCUGGGACUGGUUCAUGUACUACAAGUGUGUGUAUCACUGUAUGCCAUCGCCUCCAUGUAUCAGGAUUCAAACUGUAUUGCAACCUCAUAGGCAUUAUUCGAUCAAUGUAUAUACCAGAAAAAAAGUAGAUAUCCGGACAUAUUGUACCAUUGGUGACAGUACACAGGCACAAUGAGAGGUGACUUUCUCCCCUCCAUUGACCCUGCUGGAUGGUGCAGGUCCUUGGCAGCUUUCUGCAGUGGAUGGAUGAUCUCAUCAGUCACAUUCCAUGUCAAGGGCAUUACAUCAUCCGAGCUAUUAUCACUGUCAAGCCAGGACUUAGAAGAAGGUAGUAGUUGAUACUUGCUUUAUAGGUCGACUUCUGCAUUGAGAAACUAAACUAUCCAUGUGGAAAAUCCUGAUCAUGCCUAUCAGCAGAUUAUGUUUAUUUGCACGAAAUUCAUCCUUGGACAACACUUAGAGUGUUUUAACAGGGGUAUCACAUAACUUGGCCUGAAAAAUGGGCACCUGCUCGCUGUAUGUGCUCAGCCUUUGAACAAACCAAUAAGCUGGAAUUGAAGUCAUGGGUUAUCAACAAGGUGUCUACUGCAACCACAGCAGACAUAGUGGCGUCUGCUUACUCUUGUAGGUUUCAUCGGGAGGGGUUCAUUCAUUUGUUUUAUUUUGUUAUUUUCCUUUUAUCCAUUUUAUCAGUCUGGGUGAUUAUGGCCCUCAUUCAUACCGUCUGUCAUGUAAUUCUCACUUUGAGUGAAGCAGGUGCAGACGUACUUGUCAUUAAUCUACUGAGGAUUAACUAAAUCCCUCCAUGUGUGUAUUCCUGUCUAUGAAGAUGGAUUGAUGAUUUGGCAAUACUUUCCCCUACACUGAGUAAUCUUGUGGGUAUUAUGAAAUUGAUGCAGCAUGUGACUUGUUCUUUUUAUGUUUGGACUUGUUCGACACAUACCUUUGGUAAUCACCCUGACAGAAACCAUUUUAGUUUUGAAUGUUGUUUGGAUUAGAUAUUUUACAUUCUUUACAUUUGAAACGAUUGUGUUGGAAACAACCAGUUUCAUUGAGGAUUUUAUUUGGAAUUGGGUGUGUACCCAACAUGCCUUAUGACAAUGCAUUGUUCUGAACGGAUGUGUUUUAGUGUUAUACUGGUGUGUUACAGAGGAUAUUGAGAGUGAGGCCGGAACAUCUCUGACCACUUUCAUAGAAGUGUUACUGCAAAGUUCAACCUGUGUAUUUUGGACAUAGGUUGAAGUCAUGUAGAGAAAUGUUACAUAGUCAUUUGUACACAGAGAAUAAUUCUUCAAAACAUAUGUCCCAAUGGGUGUUUGUAUGACAACAAUGGUUGAUGUGACUACUCAAGAUUUGUUAAGUCAUAAUGGGUGUCUGAAUGUGUGUGCGACAGACAUAAUGGAUGUGUGAGUGAGAGUGUGUGAGAGUGUGUGAGUGAGUGAGUGAGUGUGUGUGUGUGUGUGUGUGUGUGAGUGUGAGUGUGUGUGUGUGUGUGAGUGAGACAGUCAUGUCUGGCUGUGACCUACAUAUGUACAACAACAUUACUGAUGCAUCCUAGAGAUGCGGAACAUGGGGAGGAAGAUGUUGAAGGCUCUACAGUAACAUUUCCUCCUGGCUAGAGAAUUGAGCACCAAUGUGGUGGUACAGAUUGUGGUACAGAUUGUGGUACUACUUCACUGGAAGGUGGUUUACAUGGUAGAUGUGAACUCUGCAUCUGUAGGCACCAUGGUCCUUGUCCUAGGGUAUCCUUGUUUGAUGACCAGAAGUGCCUUAUACACAGUCCAAUAUAUCUGUCCACUUUCAACAAAAGGAUGCAAAAAGUGAUAAGUUUUAUUGAGGGAAUGUUUUUAUCCCCAUGUCUCAUUCUUACAUCAUCUAAAUGUGAAUAAAUUGUGAUCUUAUUUUUGAACAAAUGAAUUAUUAAAUAGGCUUACAAAAUAAAUGACUAAGUUGAACAAGUUGAGAAAUUGUAAUUUUGUAGCAUGUGCUGUGCUGUGAUUCUUUUCCCCGUGUAUGUACUUAAAGUGUGUUGUUUGGCAGAUGUGACACCUGGUGCUCUGGUGUUGGCAGCUUACAGUGUUGUACGUCGUUGUUUAGUACAUUGCUUUGAAGAUCCUGUGGGUAGUGUAAACAGCAUACUUCCGACGGGGAGGCAAAAGUAAAUCAAAAUAUUUGCAGAAGAAAUAGUUUUCAGACAAUAACCUCCCCCAUCUGCUUAAGUUGAACCUUUGUAUCAGUAACUGAUUGCAUGGAUCUCUGUGGGAGACCUAUCUUACACAAUGCAGAAGCCUGUACAAGACUUGACUUGCUAUUGUUUGGACUGUGAUGUGGAUAAUGUAUGAUCUUAACCAACAUGACCAAUGUGAGAGUCAUUCUGUAAAUAUUCAUUUUCCCUCCCAUUGUUUGUUUUAUAUUGUAACCUUAUAUGGCACCGUUAUCCAAACUUAUUAACGAGAUUGUUACAUUUUUUUUUUUACCAAUAUGCAUGCUGUCAUAUUUAGCUUCUAUUAACAAGAUUGAAUAUCCUAGUAUACUGUUGUUCUAUAUUACCAUGCUUUUAACAUUAUUGAAUAAGUCAUGCUUGUAGUAUUUGAGCAGUUUCACUUCAUUUAAUCCAUUAGUUAAAUUUGUGCAUUAUUAAUGUUUGAAACGAUCUUGAGAUGGUGUUUUGGAAUCUAAGGUUGGUCUGAUAUCUAUUUUUGAUAAUGUUUGUGUUUAUUAUUUAUCAAAAAUUGUGAUCUGAUGUUAUAACAGAAAGAUGAAAACAUGGAAUUCUGAAUAUUACAUUCUGUUAUAAGUUUUGCACAUAAAGGGCACAAAAACA